UGUCGUCAACGUCAUAAAUUUGGCAUGUUCAAGUUGACGGACACUUUUUCCCUGCUACAAAAUAUAACUUAGUCAAGCCAGACCUACCGUUUGCCCAAGAGUUGACUACAACGUUUGCAUACAGUCCCACUACAAUGAAGUUUCCACCAGAUAUCCAUCAAAUCAAACCUGCCUCUGUGGUACUGACAAAACUUGUACCUACUAACCUUCCGAAUGGCAUCACAUGUGACAUUCAAGAAACACCAAACGUAGACAACGUUGUAAACGUCGCGAUGUCCGAGAGUUCCUCGUCUUCAGUGAAAAACUUCUCAGAUAAAGCAAAUUCCAAAAGUGGUGUAUCCCGUAUUACAGAUAAUUCUCAAGGCGACAGUCUUGGCAAAAUAACAUCACCAGUUUUACGGAAUAGAAGCAAUGAUAGAAAGAUGACAUCCCCAAAACGUGAUUUGAAACAUGAAACUUUAAGGACGUGCACAACAACAGGGAAAGUAUACAUAGAAUCACCAAGGAAACGUAGAAAACUUCUCUUUUCUACCUCUAAGUUUUCUAUCUCUUCAAGACAUGACGAUAUAGAUUUACAAGUUUGUUCAGAUGUUAAAGAGGGCAAUAUGACAAGCAAUGCAAACGAACAAGCAUCAACGUCAACUGACAAGCAAGGGUGUAGAACCAAAUGUACAUUGAAUAUGCUAAAUAUACCCACAGUUGUCGGGGUGAAUUUUGCCAGUUCUGUGCAUGCCUCCAGCACUGUUUCCACUGAAAAAGAGAAAAUAAGAGGAACGCUGUUUGGGAAAAUAAAACAUACCACCGACACAGCCAAACAAGAACCUCGCAAUGGAGGAAUCAAUGAAUCUGUCAAUGAGAGUACGUCAAAAGAACUGUCGGCAAAAAGCGAUGACGUCAAACCAAUGACGAAUGUCGGAAAUAGUGUCUACAAGACAAAGCAACAAACGUGUAAAUCAAAAGUGUAUGCCACUGAAAGAUACAAUGAUUCCUCAAAGAAGCCUGCUAUCUCUGAUACUGAUACGACCGGUCGCUUAAAUCUGCCAAAAGCCAGUAAGAAGUCCAACAUCAAAAUAGAGAGUAUAACAGCAAAGUUAAUGCGAGAGAAACAGGAAGCUGCUAAUUAUCCCGAGUCUACUGACUUAAACGCAUCUUCAUAUUUGUCGAAAACAAAUCGCCAAGCAUUAAUUACCUCUGCGUACACGUCUGUGAAGCCGAAAAACGGACAACUGCCCUUGGACCAGAGAGGCCAUCGUUCUAGGAAAAGACCGGUUCAAAAGCAGUACGUGCGAGCUAAUUCCGCGAUAAACGUACCGUUGAAAGAAAAGUUGCCUGUCAAAGAACGGUGUUCCUCUGUUCCUUCUUCUAGUGCAAGUAAAUUAAAGGAAACAAGAAAAAUGCUGAAGACGGCAAUUUCAGCAAGUGCCGUGAACACCAAAAUCGAAUACACAACAUUGGAGGAUUGGCUGGAAGGAAUGCCGAAAAACGUUCCAAAUAUCCUCGUGAAAUCCAAAUGUGUUUCUAAGUCAAAAGAAAUUUCCAAAAUGUGUAAAGAUAGUUCGGAAACAGCUUCAGCAGAACUCGUUCGACUACAGAAAAUGAAAGGUAAUGAAAAUCCGGAAAAUUUGACCAAAAUCAAACCUAAACGAAAUAAGAAAAAGCAGGGCGAAUCGCUCAUAGACAAGUCAUUAACACCCGGGCCAUCCGGAUAUCGAAAGAUCAAUGGAGCUGUCAUAGGGGAAGGGAUCAUCAAGAAUAAAUCGCCAGAUAAGCCAAUCAUCACUAACGAAACAGAAAAGGCCUCACCGAAAGAAAAGCUCAAGUCGAAUAGUGUACAUAUAAAAAUUCCAAAUUCAUUUUCACAUACGACAGAGUUUCAGCUUCCUAAUGUUGAAGGGUCCCAAAUGACAAUCAAUCGAAUAUCUCCACCAAAAAACAAACACGUUUCAUUAACGUACAAAAAUGAACUAGGAUCCAACAGUCCAAUCUCGUUUAAGUUUUCGUCACAAAAGGGCAUGGACGUUCAAGAGAAAAAGACUGAUGAAAUCAAUACCGCAACCCUACCCAAUAAAAGUGUCACAGGAGCAAAAUCAUUGGUCAAAAUGGGAAGCUUUGCCAUCAGUAAAUCACAGGAAAUUAUUCCAAUCAAAUCAAGCGAUUUGUUCCUUACUCCAGUCACAAAGCCAAAUGUCAUUACGCCAAGGCGUCUCAGUCGCGCAAUAUCAUACGCUGACUACUGUGCGCAAAUGGACGAUGCUGAGGCCUCCAAAGAUGCAGCGAACAGCAAGCCAAGACGAAAGUCAGAGUCGGAUAUAAUCACUCUGUCCGAAUUUAGAAAAGGUGACAUAACGAUCGACGACGAUACCAACGACCCAUUGCAAAAUGAUGAAAAAAUCUUAAUGAAAAAACUUAACCAAUUACAUGUAAAUAAUACAAAGUGUUCAGAAGAAACCUCGCCUCAACAUUCACUGUCUACUGAUAGUUUGGAUGUGCGUGAUUGUUCUGAAGAAUCAGUAAAACAGGAAAAGAAUGACAAAGCGAUUAAAUCAGAGCUAGAUGAUGAUAAUGAUGAUGAUGAUAAAGAUAGUGUUCAUCUCUCAGAUCACAAGUACACAAAGACCCCGGACGCCUCACCCGCUAAGCCACUCACUACAGGCAUACUCCACAAAACGUCUACCAAGUCUGGUACUGUGGUUAUAGGGAGUCGUAAUCAGAACUCCCAAGUGAACCGUAAACAGCCAGUAUAUGCAGUAAAAUACGGCGACAAGCUCUUCCUCAUACACGGUAAAGAUGACAAAAACAGCGGAGCAGCGUCAACUGGUACAAACUCUCCAAAACAGGGAAGAUUUAAGGCAAUUUCUCCUAAGGUUGAAAUUAAAACAGAAACAGCGUCUGCCAAUAACAGCAGCCCGAACUUGACUAGAAAGAAUAGUCGUAAAGUUAACGCAAAUAAAUUAAUUUCUAAACGCAAAUUGGAUUUCAUAAAGAAGCUGGUAUUGAAUCAGAAAUCUUUGAAAAGGCAAAAGAAGCAGAGCAAACAGCCGACUUUUUAUUCUUGUAGAUCCAACAGAACCUCCGUUUACAGGAAUGCGAAGGUUGUCUACAUAACGAGAACGAACGACACAAUACAGACCACUACGUCAAGGGUAAAUAUCACCCUUACCAAGGGCACAGACGCCGAGAUAAAGCGAUGGAGCAGAUACGCCGACUUUAAGGCACAGCUCACAUAUGAAAACGAUGAAAAUACAUUGAUACACAUCCGGGUCGAUGAGCUCCAGCCUGGGUUCUACAAAUUGAUGCCAGAAAGUAACGUGUCCCAUACAACAACAGUCAGUGUGAUUCUGACUUGUCUACCACCUCACCCAGACAUCAUCGCAGAAGGAGAGGCCUUCAUUGCAGUCGGACCUUUGCGAAAUAUUGUGGACACAGGGGAAGGAUCCGAAACACACAGAGGUAUGGUCACCAUGCAAACUAGGGGAAAAUCUUAACUCAAUCCUACCAGUUACAGCAAUGUGCCACGGUGACCUAUACUCAAGUGAUGUCAGCUACCGUCCAAAGGUAGACGCAAGUGAGUGGUACGGGGCUGGCGUGUUCGACACUUUUACAAGAAAAUAUUGUCGUCAGAAAAGAGUCGUGCAGCGGCGCAAGUGGAACAGGAGUCCCUACGAAAAAAAAUUCAAUUAGUGGCAUUGAUGAUGCAAUUACCACUAAACCUAUCGAAAGUGUUGCCGAUGGUGCAAUAGCUACUUAGAAAAGGAGUUGCUGUCAAUUGUACAGGAGUCCCUAGGCAAUGCCUUCCGUUAGAGGUGGCGUCGAUGGCACGAAACCCUAACGACAAAUUUCUUCGUUUGAAAAUUAUAUUGAUAGUACGCUAUUCAUAUGACCAAGCUUCCAGAUGGCAUUGGAAAUCCUACGACAAACCUUUCAAUCGGAGUGACAUUGAUGGCCAAGGAACCCCUAUAAUAGUCUUCAUUAAGAAGUAAUGUUGGCGAAAUUAGAAAUCUAACCACAAACAUUUCAAUUGAAAAUGACAUUGAUGGCACUGGAGCCCCUAGGAUAGUAUGCAGUGAGAAGGAACGUCGGUGGUAUUGGAAAUCCAACAAAACCUUUUAUGAAAAAGAAGCAUCGAUGGCAAUGAAACAACUACGGUAAAAUAUUAAAUUUGAAAUGACGUGUGUGGUACAAAGUGAAAACAUAAGAAUAAAAGAUGUUGAAUUUGAACGACUAUCUACUAGUUUCCAUGAAAUUUUCACAUCAUUUAGACAUCAAUUGCCAUUUCCUUAGAUAAACAAAUCGCUGUUUAACUACUACUGGUUAAGAAUUACCAUGGCUUCAUACACAUGGUUAGAGUAAACCAAUGGAAAGCUGGUACGACAUCAUUUUCCAAUAUGAUGAAAUACUUUACGAAAAAAAAAAAACGGAAAAAAAACACACAAAAACAAACGUGAAACUCAAAUUGUACUGAUCCUUCAAGCCGAAAGGACAGUCAUAUGCCCGAAUGUGACAUCAUCAGGCAUUUACUAUAAAUCAUUUCUAAUACUGUGAAAGGAAUGUCGUACAUUCUUUCUAUAUGAUGUAAUAGAGCAGAAUAAGGACGGAAGCCAUUUAGUGUUUUAGAUGUAUUUUUAUUGUUGUAUUAAUUCAUAAUAACAUCAUUGCCGUAUAUGUAUGGACACAUAGGGUUACAGAGACAUUUUGCAUCAUGAACUAGAUAUGCAAUUAAUAAUUCUAUGAUGUAUUUUAAUAUAUAAUAUUAAAACUCCCAACAAUAUUGCUAUUAUAUAUAUAUAUUGAUCCCAUCUCCUAAUGUAAUAUAGCACUCCAUUCUCUGACGUCCAAACAACAGGAUUUACUUUGUUAUUGUCUUUCUCUCUUCACACAAAACUUUUCUCUUAAAACUCCCAUUUACUCUUCAUGAACACAUAUCCUUUGAUAAUGUAACACAAACACCCAACCUACCUGUAAAAUGACGUAAUGGAUGAUCAUACCUGUUAAACUGACGCUAUGUGCAUCAUACACCUGUAAAACUGACGUCAUAUAUGAUCAUUCAUGAUCGACACUUGUAAACGUCAUGUUUGAUCCUACACCUAUAAAACUGACGCCAUGCCAGAUCACACCGAAGUCAACUGAAGUCAUACAAGAUCACACCUGUAAAACUGUUAUGUAUGAUCAUACAUAAACCAUACGUGUAAAACGUGCUUUUACCUGACACCUGUAACCCUGAUGUCAUGUGUGAUCAUGCCUGUUAAACUGACACCAUGUGUGAUUAUACACCUGUAAAACUGAUGUCAAGCAUGAUCAAACACCUGUAAAACUGACGUCGAGCAUGAUCAUAUACCUGUAAAACUGACAUCAUGCAUGAUCAUAUGGAUAUGACAUGUGUUAUCACAAACUGUUCACCAGUACAAUAAAAUAUUGAUGG